AUGCAAGAGUCACACAAUCAGAAAGAAUCUACUCCCGAUCGACCAACAACCAAUGAAGAUGACGAUCAGGACAACGAUGAUGACGAAGAGUUAGAACUUCUCACUGAUGAAUAUUAUGAUCGGAUGUACAAGGAAAAUGUGUACAAGUAUCUCAAAGAGCGUGAAGAAUUUUUGAAAGCAAAAAAACAACAACCACCCACUGAAGAUAAUUACGAACCUUCCGAAAAGAAAACAAAAGAAAAUUAA